GACCCUACAGUCCCGCUGACGCAGUGCCUGCACCUGCAGGCGAUCAAGCAGCCGCAGCCAACCCCCGUUCUCUCUGACCAAUUCUGGGCCGACACAGUGGCAGCAGCAGCAGCAAACUGGCUGCAGCUAUCUGUCCCCCUCUUUCUUAGGGGCCCCCUCGGGGGCCCCCCCAAGCUGUGGGGCCCCCCAGGGGGCCCCAGCAGCAGCGCAGCAGCAGCAGCAGCUGCUGCAGCUGCUGCUGCUGCAUUUACUUCUUUUUGCCACAAAGCCCUAAGGCUGUGGGGCCUAGAGUUUGUUGCUGCUAGCUUUGGGGGCCCCCAGGGGGGCCCCCUGGGGGCCCCCCAAGCUUUGGGGGCCCCCCCAAGCCCAGAUGAGCCCCCUUCAGGUCCGGAGGGCCCUCCAGCAGCAGCAACAGCUGCUGCUGCUGCUGCUGCUGCUGCGUUCAUGUCAGAAGUGGGGCCUCCAGGGACUGGGGAGAGCCCUGCUGCAGCAGAGGCCGCAGGGGCUCCAGUGCCUGCUGCAGCAGGGGCCCCUGGGGCCCCUGCUGCUGCAGCAGGGGCCCUUGCUGCUGCAGUAGGGGCCCCUGCUGCUGCAGCAGCAGCAGGGAAGGAAGUUUGCAUGCAUUUGAUAAUGAGAGGGUCUUUGUUUGCUUUAAAUGCUGUUGGGCUUUUUGCUGUUAAAGAUGUAGUUGAAUACCUGGGCAGCUCGAGCUUCACCUGUGCUGACCCCAUACAGUGGUUCUGCAGCAGCAGCAGCAGCAGCAGCAGCAGCAGCAGCGGCAGCAGCAGCAGCAGCAGCGUGGCUUGGCCGUACAGGGAAGACAGGUGGCAGCGCCUGGGGAAGGCGACGGAGGAGCAGCUGAAUGAAAUUUGCUGCUUAUUAACUGCUGCUGCAGUGCCUGCUGCUGCUCUGCCUCCUAUCCUUGCUGCUGCUGGUGCAGCAGCAGCAGCAGCAGCAGCAGCAGAAACAGCACUCACUAUCAACGGCAGCAAGUACUUUGUAAAGAAUGCAGACAUCAAGCGGCUGCUGCAGGGACAGGGCGAGCCGUGGGUAGCAGCACUGCCAGCAGCCUGCAGCAGCAGCAGCAGCAGCAGCAGUGUGUUGCUGUGUCGCAUCUCUUUGCUGCCGAGUUCAGAAGAGCGCCAAGAAACGUCAGAGAGUGCUUCUUCUUUUCUUUGA